AUGCCUAUUGUUGAUAGUUUUGAAGGAGAAUUCUACAAGGGGCAGAUAUUUCACUCGAAACAAGCUGCACAUAUGGCGAUUAAACACCACGCACUACAACGCAACUUUCAAUAUGGCGUGGUGGAGUCGUCACCUUCAAUCUGGAAGGUCAGAUGCUUAAGGCACAAGGAUGACAAUUGUCCUUGGAUGGUGCGGUUUGGAUGUCGAGAUGUUGGAGGCGAAUGGACUGUGAGAAAGGUUGAGUUGGUGCAUUCUUGUAGCAGUACGACUCAACCGAUAGAUCAUCGCCAUCUUGAUGUCGACAUGAUAUCUGAGGCCGUCAAACAUUUGGUACGUGCCCAACCAAAUCUGAGUGUUCUAACUGUGCAGGUCGAGUUGAAAGAUAAGUUUAAUAUGCAAGUUACUUACAAGAAGGCUUGGUAUGGGAAACAAAGAGCAUUGGAGAAGUUGCAUGGAAAUUGGGAAGAAUCCUAUGAUUUUUUGCAAACAUUCUUGCUGGUGGUUAAAAGAAAAAUUCCAACAUUGGUGAUUGAUUGGGUAAGAGUUCCUUCGACUCAACCAGGUCAUUCGAUAUUUCAGCCAGUAUUCUGGGCUUAUGGACCUUGUAUAGAUGGAUUCAAGAAUUUCAAGGCGUCAUGGUUGUUGAUGGAACAUUUCUUACUUGGAAGUAUAAAGGAGUGCUACUCAUGGCGAGCUCAUUUGAUGGUCGGAAGAAGAUUUUUUCAAUUGCAUUUGCCAUAG